AUGUCGAAACUCGCUUCCGAACAAACUAUCCUCAUCACAGGAGCCUCAGGCUUCAUGGCCACCCACAUCAUCACCUUCUUCCUCAAUGCCGGCUACAAUGUCCGCGGCACUGUCCGUUCUGAGUCGUCCGCCCAGAAGGUCAAAGCCAUCCACACCGCUAAUUCCUCCCAACUCUCCUUUUCCAUCGUCCCCGACAUUGCCGCCGAAAAUGCUUUUGACGAAGCAGUCAAAGGCGUUGACGGCGUAAUCCACAAUGCAUCUCCCUUUGCCUUUGACGUUGAAGACAAUGAAAAGGAUCUCUUGAUUCCUGCUAUUCAAGGUACCAAAGGGUGUCUAAGUGCAGUCAAGAAGUUUGCACCCAACGUUAAGAGGGUGGUGGUUACUAGUAGCUUUGCGAGUAUCAUUGAUACGACUCCAAUGGUCUACGGCCCCUCCAAGCACUCCGUCCCCGAUAUGUCCAAACUCAAUACCAGCUCAGCAGACAUCUACCGCCUCAUCAACGGCAGCAGCACUUCCCNNCCGGCUCCACCACCUUCCCCCCUCUGCGUCGACGUCCGCGAUGUCGCCCUCGCCCAUCUCCGCGCCUACGAAGUACCCUCAGCAUCAAAUCAACGCUUUGCCGUCACAUCAGGAAACUUUACCUAUCAACGCGUUUGCGAUAUCAUCAGGACACAGUUUCCAGAGCUCAAGGACAAAGUGCCAGAGGGAAACGCUGGGGAAAAGUAUCCCGAGAUGUUUGGUUUGAGUAAUGAGAAGGCGAAGAAGGUGCUGGGCAUGCAGUUUAUAGGGUUGGAGGAGAUGGUUGUGGAUACGGUAAACAGUUUGUUGGAGCUGGAGAAGGAGGCUGCUAAGACUGGCGGCAAGUAG